AUGGUACGUCCUGUCACGAGAGGCAGCGAUCUUGGAGCCUUGUCACCAGUCACCAGCAAGUCACCAGCACCGCAGCUUAGGGGGGGAGCAGAGAGCAUUGUGUUGGAGGACAACGAGGAGGAGCCAUUUAAGGUGGUCCGUGAGUUUUCGGACUAUGCCUUCAUGAGCAUUGUUGGGUGGCACCUGUUUGAGCUGAUUGGGAGUCGUGCUUCUGCAGGGGAGGAUCGUGAUACUGAUUCGUUGGAUCCUUACUCGCUGGUGAUGGGCGACAAUGAAAGUAGCGUAUCAACUACAAGAAGUGCCAUGGCAGCAGUUGCAGCAGAAGCAGCAGGUGACCCGCAAAGAGAGCUUGGACAGUAUCUGUUUAAUGCUAUGAUGUAUUUUGUUUUGGCUCUGAGGGAAUCUGCUCGUGGGAGCAGUAAUCAUUUGAGAAUUAUUGGAAUAUAUGACAACAUCAGAGUGGGCCUGGCGACGAUGACGAGUCGGCACAACAACUCAGGAAUUUUGGCGGACUAUAUGAGUCAGGUGUCAAAUUUUGUGGCACCAGAGACUGUAGCGGCGCUGAAAAUGCAGUACUGUCAGGGAGGUCUCACCUUUGUGGUAGGGCACUUUGACAUACAAGAGAAGGUGUCUGCAUCGCGUAAGCAUGCAGCGAGAGGAAUACCGCCUCGAAGGGUGAUGGCCAAUGGGUCGGGAUACCCGAAUGGAGGUGGUCAAAACAGAGAUGGGGUACAUGGAGAUGGGGUACAUGGAGAUGGAGCAUCUGCUGGUACCAAGCGGUGCUUUGAGGAUGUUGAUUUGGUAGCCACUAUUACAGGACUGGGUGAUAGGUUUGAGAAGAUAGACGAUAAAUCCGACAAGCUGUCCAAGUAG